UGCAGCUCAGGUCUCACACUUGAUCCUCUUCACAGAAACAGAUCCUGCAGCAGCUGAGAGGAAGAGACGAGCAGCUGAGGUUUGUUUGCUCUGAGGAAGGAAACGAGCAGCAGGAACAAACCAAUGGAGGAACUAUAAUUAUCUACAAGCGCCUCUUUCCUCCUCCUCGUGUUUCUGUCGAUCUCUCCGGGCUGGAGGGAGAAGACCCAGCGGGUUGUCUGGGAUCAGGAACCUGGAGGAAUGAAAACAUCACAACACAACGUGCACACUGAGCAGUCUGCGUUAGUUUAGAGGAAUCUGCUGUUUGUUUGUUUGUUUGUUUGUUUGUUUGUUUGUUUUGGAUCAAGCGGAGUCUCCUGCUCUCUUCCGGCUGUCGACGGUUCAGUCCCCCCCCUUCCCUCGCUGGUGGUGACAAGCAGGCAUCACCUCGAGGUCUCGUAUCACUCGCUGAGCUCUUGAAGGACGGCGGCAGCGAUGGGCGACAUUGACGUGGAAGAGAUGGAGCCGUUCCCCGUGGACCGGGACGGGAAGCCCCUGAGGACGGAGGAGGACCAGCCCGACGGCCUCAGGAAGCCCGGCUGCUGCGAGAAGUUCCAGCACUCCGUCUCCAAGUGGAUGCUCCCGGAGGACCUGCGCAGCAAGUACCUGGAACGUACCAACUGCUGCCCGCCCCCCAUCUUCAUCAUCCUCAUCAGCAUCGGAGAGUUGGCCGUGUUCAUCUACUACGCCGCGUGGAAACCUCAGAAGCAGUGGGUGACCCUGGAUGAAGGCAUCUGGACCAGCCCCCUGACCUACAAGCCUCAGAACAGAGAGGAAGCGUGGCGAUUCGUCUCCUACAUGUUUGUCCACGCAGGUGUGGAGCACAUCCUGGGGAACCUGCUGAUGCAGCUGAUGCUGGGAAUCCCACUGGAACUGGUCCACAAGGGGUUUGAAGUGGGGAUGGUUUACAUGGCUGGAGUCCUGGCUGGCUCUUUGGCCAGCUCCAUCUUUGAUCCUCACAGUGCACUGGUGGGGGCCUCGGGGGGAGUCUACGCACUAAUAGGAGGUUACUUCAUGAAUGCAGUGGUGAAUUUCCGAGAGAUGAUUCCCCUCAUGGGGGUGGUCCGGAUCCUUGUCAUAGUGAUCAUCGUCGGCACAGAUUUCGGAUUUGCCUUCUACAGACGAUUUGCAGGCGGUGACGAUGAAAUGAAGGUUUCCUUUGUGGCUCACUUUGGUGGAAUCGUGGCCGGGAUGACCAUCGGCUACGUCUUCUUCAGCGCUUACAACAAGAAGCUGCUGAAGGACCCACGCUUCUGGCUCUGCAUCGUGGUCUACGUCGUCUUCGUCAUCUUUGCCGUGCUCUUCAAUAUCUUUCUAUCAACAGCGUAGUAGCUUCUCAAAAACACUAAAAGUUUUAUUGUCAGACUGAGGAAGCUGUUGUUUUUUUGACCAAUGUACUGUUGUGUUUGAGAGCAAAGUUGCUUCUCAGAUAUUUUGUAAGUGUGAAGUUGUUUUAGUUUUUUUAUCUAAUUACUUAUGUGAGUUCAAAUGGAAGGGUGCCUCCUACAGGUUUGGUGCUGCAUUGCAACAUGCAUCUUUUAUUUUAGACAAAGGUGAUAAUGAAAUGGGCAUUUUUAGAGGGAAUGAAUUUUAUCUGAUGUGUAUUUUUUUACAAAUAUGUUUCUUGCUCUAUUUAGGUUUUUAGAUUUCAGACCUAUUCAUUGAUGGCAAUGAACUCACUAUUCAUUAUAAUUUUCUUUAAUAGGAAAUAACAGCCAGACUUUUGUGGAAUAAUAAUUAGCUGUAAAUAAUUUCCCCUCGUUGCCUCUUGGGGACUGUGUUGGUCACUUGAUGUGUGACAGCACUAACGAGAAGAGAGAGGUUACGCAGAUGUCUCAGGAACAAAGGGAGGAAUAUCUCAAAUGUUGGUAUUUCCCUUUUCUUAUGUAAGCGAAACAACUGAUUUACCAUCAGGUCUUGGCUCAAUGCCAAAGUUUAGUUUGAGGCACAUCCUUAGUUGAUUAAUUAAACUGACAUCCAGCUCUAGUUUAACUUGUCAGGAUUAAAUUUAAAUUAUUAGGACGUUUUCUAUUCCCUGAAUCUAUUGAUUCAAACUUUAAUAUUACUGGUCCUAUAGAUGUUUAUACUUGUUGUGAACACAAUUCAUUGUAAAGACUGUUUUUUGUUUGAUACAGCAGGGACUCUGUGUACAUAUGGCAACAAUAUAUGGCUUUUGCUGUUUUAACUGAAGUACGAGUAUCAUUCAGUCAAUUCAGUUCAUUUUUAAAUAUCACAAACUUGUUUGUCCCAACCCUGAAACACUGAGAAAUGUUUUAUGUACAUUCAAGAAAUGUGACG